UGUCAAAAGUGCAAACGUCACAACAUCGCAUCGAAUCGCUUGAUUGUCUCACAAAUAUUGAAAAUCACUUCAUUCGUAUAGUGAAUUUGUGGUUAUCGGACAGCUCUACAUAGAUUUGAUAAGAGAUAAUAAAUUGCCAACACUUGAAAUUCAUAUUUUCUCAAUAAAAUUAAACAUGGGUGUCGACUUUUUCGGGUUUGCGUACGCCGCGACUGUUGCCGCUGGCGGUAUUAUGGGUUACGCGAAGGCAGGAUCCAUUCCGUCUCUUGGUGCUGGUCUCAUCUUCGGUUCCAUCUUAGGUAUUGGCGCAUAUCAAAUCAGCAAGGACCCCUCUAACUACCAGCUGAUGCUUGGAACCACCACCGUCUUGGGAGGACUUAUGGGAUACAGAUUCUACAACAGCAGAAAGUUUAUGCCAGCGGGCAUAGUGUUCGUGCUGUCAGUCGGGAUGCUUGCCAAAAUACUCACUAAGCAUGUCGGCUCUUCGGCAGUACCUAUCAAAUCUGGUUAAAUUAAACUGUCGCCAACUUUGCCAUACUGUGACAUUGCCCAGUGAUUUUAACUAAUGGGGUUGGCCGGUCAAAGCAUUCAACAAAUGGUGUCAUCAUAGCUUGCCCUGUCAAUCCCUAGAAUUGUUUCAAAUUCAGGUUUUUAUUUGGAAACUUUAUGCCUUGGAUGCCAGCCCUUUAAGACAAAUCUCAUAGAAAAAAAUGAGAGACAGGGGCAACGUAUGAUGGCGCCAUCUAUGCUAACCUUUGACAGUUGGCAACCCUAUUUCUGUGCUAACGCUUUUAAUGUAUGGUUUUGAAGUUUUGAGCAUUGUUUUCCUGACAAAAUUGCCAAAUGCGUUCCUGGGUUUUUUUACAGUGGGCAAAGAUGUCAUAAACACAAUUAGGUAUGGUAGAUUUGAAAGUAAAAAUAACAAUUAUUUUGAAACUAAUCACAAGAUCAAAAUAAAUUACAAAACGAACAUACUGACUUUUGUAAAUGUUAUAAUAUAAUAUAAUUUAUUACUAUAAUUAGUUUACUGUAGAAUAAUUGGGACAUAUUAUUGUUACGUAGAUUAAGUUAAACAUUAAUGAAGUAUUUCACAGUGAUUGUUGCACAAAAUUCAGAUUUUUUAUGACCCUAAUGACUCAGUUUCAUUGGUCGACAACGCGGUCGAUAUAAAGCGUGCGGGGGGAGUCCCCGCACGCUUCAUGCAGACGGUAUAACGACUAGUGAAACUCAUAAGUCGAUAGUUCGGUUGAUACAGCAUGCGGGUGACUCCCCGCAGGCGGUAAGGUGGUAUAACGACUAGUGAAACUCAUAAUGGCAUGCGUUUUGGAAAUCUCCCGCACCCGCAUACGGGCCCUAGCGACCAAUGAAACUGAGCCAUAAAGCUAUUUUACAGUACAUAUGGGGCUACUUUAUAGCACUAGUGCGAGAAGUAGCAUAUUACGUUAUUGUGUCGAACAUUUAAAGGGCCAUAUGUACUGUAAAACGUUGUACGAUACAUGUGCGAAUAGGUAAUUCGCAACUCGUGUCGAUUUAAAACACUCCCUUCGGUCGUGUUUUAAUUUAUCGCCACUCGUUUCGAAUUUCCUAUUUUUCGCACUUGUAUCGUAAUGUACUAUUUUCUCUUAGUUAAUUUCAAUUCCAACGACGGUGAUAUUAAAAUAAUCCCAUUGGUGAAACUUAGGCUGAUCCAGAAUAGUUAUUUACGACACAAGUGCGAAAAAUAGGAAAUUUAUUCGAAUUACCUAUUUGCACGUGUAUCGUACAACGUUUUUCAGUACAUAUGGCUCUUUAAAGUUUCGACAUAGUUACAUAAUGUGCUAAUUUACGCACUAGUGCCGAAAAGUAGCACCAUAUGUACUGAAAAGUAUAUUUUUAGUUUACUGACUAUGCAUUUAUAUUUUGUAGUUUUCACACCUUAUCGUACUGUAUGUAUGACAUUAUUUCUAGGUGAUCCAGAAGAAGCAUGAUAUUUUUUAUAUCUCAAAAUGAGGCAAAUAAAGGUGUUGGGACUGAAAA